CCGAGACCUAACGCCACAAUCUGCGCCCAGAGGGAGCCUCCGCCGCCGUCUCGCCACGUUUACCCCGAAGUGUGUAAAUGACGGGGCUCAAAUUCCGACGGCACUCGGGCGUGUUCUGACCGACAGAAGCGAUCAAAUUCCUUCGUCAAACGGGGAGGGCUCAAGAUGGUGACUAAGUUGCUGUACCUGAGUGCCUGCUGCCUGGCUGCUGUCCGGCUCGCUCACGGCUGCCCCAUGCCCUGCGUGUGUCAGGACAAAUACUCGCACCAGUUCGCCGACUGCGCCUACAAGAACCUGGCCGCCGUGCCCCAGGGGCUGCCGCCCAACGUGACCACCCUCAGCCUGUCGGCCAACAAGAUCCGGGCGCUGCUCCGGGGCUCCUUCGCCGGGACGGUGCAGGUGACCUCCCUGUGGCUGGCGCACAACGAGAUCGGCCGGCUGGAGAGGGGUUGCUUGGCCCCCUUGCAGCAGCUGAAGAACCUCGACCUGAGCCACAACCAGAUCGUGGAGUUUCCCUGGGCGGACCUGCGGAACCUGACGGCGCUGCAGCUCCUCAAGAUGAACAACAACCUGAUGGUCAGCGUGCCCGCGGACGCUUUCGGCAGCCUGAGGGACCUGCGCUCCCUGCGCAUUAACAGCAACAAGUUCCGCACCCUGCACCGGGGCACCUUCGACUCGCUGGCCUCCCUGUCCCACCUCCAGAUCUACAGCAACCCCUUCUCCUGCGGCUGCGAGCUGGAGUGGCUGAGGAGCUGGAUCCUCGAGGCGCUCAUCUCCAUCCCGGAGAGGCAGGACAUUGUGUGCUGGGAGCCCCAGGGGCUGGAGGGGACGCCGGUGGUGGAACUGCCCGAGCUGCACUGCAGGGCCCCGGGGGUUUCUCUCAGCUCCCAGCCCAGCAACCCCAGGGCGGAGUUCCCCGACGGCUCCAGCCUGGCCUUGCACUGUCACGCCAGCGGGAACCCCCCGCCCGAGGUCCGCUGGAAGAUCCGCACGGCCGGCGGGGAGAUGGAGCUGAACGAGGCCCCGGCGCGAGAGGCAGGGGGCCAAGACCUCGACCCCCACCGCAAGCAGAGCGGGGGCCGCUACGUGCUCCUCAAGAACGGUACCCUGGUCAUUCCCCGCCUGUCCAAGGCCCAGGAGGGUCGCUACACCUGCUUGGCCAGCAACCCGAUGGGAAGCAACGACUCCUCCCUCAAUGUGCUGGUGACUCCCUCCCCAAAGCACGGCCCCGGUUACAGCAAGGGCCCCGUACCGGAUGGGAAGCCCGACCCGAAGAUGGCCAAGAACAGCGUCCUCAAGCCAGAAGGGAAGGAGCGGCCAAUGGUCGCCCCCACCGCCGGCGGCGGCGGCGGCGGCGGCGUCGUCGCCGUCCCGGCCGGCGGAGCCGCCUCGGCUACACCCGCCGCCCAGAACUGCGCCCAGAAGGAAGGCAGCCACUACAUCUCCAAUCACGCCUUCAACCAGAGCUCCCAGAUGAAGCAGCACACCUUCGAUUUCGGGGUGAUCGCCCUGGACGUGAGCGAGACCGACGCCAGGGUCCAGCUGACCCCUUUCCAGAAAUCCGCCAGGAACAACCUGCAGAUGCUGUACCUGUGCAUGGAGGAGGGGGGCAAGGAGGCUGCAGUGGUCCAGUGGUCAACGAUUGAAAGCGGCGUCAACUCCUACCGCUUCCAGGGCUUAACCCCGGGCUCCAAUUACACCCUGUGCCUCACCUACACCGGGCCAGACUGCCAGGUCCAAGUGGUCUUCACAACCAAGAGGAAGAUCCCAUCCCUGCUGAUAAUGAUCGUGGUCAGCUGCUUUCUCCUGGGUCUGGCCACCAUCCCGUUGCUGGGCGCAACCUGUUGCCACCUCAUGUACAAGUACCGGGGCAAGACCUACAAGCUCAUCAUGAAGACCCAGGUCCCCGGGGAGCUGGGCAAGAACGCGCCCAGCAUCUUGGAGGCCAGCGCCUCGUUCCCGGGCUCCGACAAGCUGUACCAGCCCAGCGAGGCUGGGGACGAGAGCGUGGCCGCCGACUCUAUCCCCUGCUCCCAGAGCAAAGCCAACCAGGAGGAGUUUGAGGCGGGCUCCGAGUACAGCGACCGGCUGCCCCUGGGCGCAGAGGCUGUCAAUAUCAGCCAGGAAAUUAACGGCAACUACAGGCGGCCGGUGCGCUGAUUCCUGGCCGGCGGGAGGAGGAAAAUCGCGCACCAAAUCUUCGAACAAGCCCAAAGCGUUACAAAGACACCAAACCUGUGGACCUCCCAGGCGCCGUAACCCCAUCAUCCCAGGAUUUUGUUAUUGAUACUUGACAGAAAUGACUUCCUGGCAUUCCUAACAGAGAGAGAGAGAGAGAGAGACCAAUUCAGGCAUCCACAGGGAAUCUCCCAUUCAGCCCACUGGGACCAAAAAUGCAAUCGAGACCAGCUUUGGAGAAAGCUGCAGAAAUAUUGUCAAGAUAUAUUGGUGCUUUAUCGGUUUAAAAAAAAAACCCACCGCCUUGUCUCUCCUUUUGUAGAGUCCCGCCUGUGCAGCAUGUCUGUCACCCGGUGCACUGCAAACCUCUCUCCAUUCCCCACAGUUUAAUCUAGUGAACGUGUUUAUGUGUUUUCUCUCGGUGUUUACUACAAGUGCAAUGUUAAGUUACAUUCCGCCAGCAGAUUCUGCAGUUUUCCGCCUCGCUGCCAGAGCUGAAGCUGUGUUCGUGUUAAGAGAUUAGUCCGUUCUACAAUGCCGGUGAUGUUUUGCCUGUGUGCACAAAAGGGUGCAUUAGGUGUUAAGAAGGGGGGAGUCGGAGGGAUUCUCCGUUGCCUCUGUUGAGCGAUCUCGUUGUGGGGUCUGGUGUGUGUGUGUGUGUGUGUGUGUGGUGUCUGCUUUAACCUCGACCAACUCGCGCUCCUCCCCGCCCUUUUUGAUAUUCAUCUGUCUCUGUAUUCAAUAAAAAGGGGAAAAA